UGGCACCGCCUGCCAGAUUCACAGCAGAUCUCAGCAAUUUAUCGCAUCGCCGCAUCUAACCCUAAACUGUCUCUAACUGGCUCAGCCGGACCGGGUGUUUGCACUGAGGCUGCAGAGCUUUGUGUUGAGUUCACACAGAGGGAGUUGUCUCGCUGCUGAUGCUGGGGAGAUUAAUCCUUUAUCUCCCAUCUUCUCUUAUCGCCAUCUCCUCUCUCCCCCCUUGCGUAUCUGAGUCGACACCGGUGGCAUAUUGGACGCGCUGGAUGGCUGGUGUACCUAGCGAGCCGGCGUGAAUCUUUUUUUUUCAUCAUCUUCAUCUUUUACCUGCUUUUGAGCCUGAAAACAAAACUGCAACAACAAUGACAGACCCGGCCACCCAAGAGUCCUACCCUGUCCCAGACCCGACUAUUGUGGAUCCCUGCCCGGCUACGGUGCGGAACGGCCAGUGCGCCCCAGAUGGCUUCACCAACAACCAUCACCAGCAAGCCAAAACCCCCAGCCAGCCCGAGACGUUCACCACGGGCCAGGAGAUGAAAAUCACAGACAGUGUGGAGGGAGAAGGUCUCCUUGAGAGCAGCAUGCGCCUGAAGCCCCAUGAGGCUCAGAGCUACAGGAAGAAGGCACUCUGGGUCUCCUGGGUCUCCAUCGUGGUCACGCUCAUACUGGCUGUGGCAGCUUUCACUGUAUCAUUCAUGAGGCACAGCGCGUCAUCCUUUGGAUUUGCCUUUGAUGCCACGCUGGACGUCCUGUCAUCAGUCAUUGUCCUCUGGCGCUACAGCAAUGCAGCAGCUGUGCACUCAGCACACAGAGAGUACAUAGCAUGUGUAAUCCUUGGGAUUGUGUUCGUUCUUUCCUCCCUGUGCAUCCUUGGAAAGGCCAUCCAUGAUCUGGCAACCAGGAUGCCCCCGGAAGUGGAUGACUUCCUCUACAGUGUGUCUAUAGUGAGCGGGCUCACAUGUGCUGUGUUGGCUGUAGCCAAGUUCAUGCUGGGAAGAGUGCUGACUAGCCGGGCACUCAUCACUGAUGGGUUUAACUCUCUGGUCGGUUCAAUCAUGGGAUUUUCCAUCUUGAUCAGUGCCGAAGUCUUCAAGCACCAUGCUGACGUCUGGUUUCUGGAUGGCACCAUCGGAGUUCUCAUUGGACUCAUCAUUUUGGCAUAUGGCGUCAAACUUCUGAAGGACAUGGUGCCCCGUGUGAGACAGACGAGGAACUACGAACGCUUUGAGUGAGAGUGUGUGUCAACCAGACGAGCAGGUUCAAACACACACGUCCACACACCUGGCUGCCUCCUGCCCUCCACCCUCUUCUCUCUGUGUUUCAUACACACCUCAGUACACAUUUCGCCUGCAUAUGCAGCACAUACAUGUUCUCAUACACAUGAAUAUACACACGUGCUGUAUAUACUGUACAUAGUACAUUCAUACAUUCAGACAAACACACAUGCAUGCACACACGACCGAGAGACUUUGAGGGAAAAGGACAUGAUUGAGGACCACAUCCUGGAGAGGAAACACUUCAAGUUAAACCCUUCUUUUUCCCCACUUUUCUUCACUUUUUGUUCAUGAAACCAUGGGUUUAAAUGUUACACCUAGAAUAAGGAAAAGGCCCAAGAGCUGAGACUCCUGUUUGCCAGCAGGGGCCUUGGAUUUGUUUGACUGGGAGAUAGUUGCUGCUUAAAUGGCACCAUUCACAUCAUCACAGUUUUCACACUGCAGGAAACUAAAGCAUAUUGAAUUGUCCUUGUGGUUCAGCUAUUGUCAUGGUGGGCAUAUUGGGUCAAAAUUGAAAUGUUUCAAAUUGUGUAGAGUUUUCUUAAAUGAGGUGUAAACACAUACAAAACACAAUAUGUUUCCCCAUGUAAUUUACUUGAGUAAACAUGUAAUUAGCUUUUUAAGAACCACUUUGUAUCCCUGUUGUAUCUUAGUUAAGAAUCUCCAAGUUAAGCUGAGGACUGCUCAGUAAUUUCCUAAAUCAGACAGAGAGUUCCUGUCCAAACCUCACCAGCCUCCUCCCAAAGCAGACACUAUCCAUUCUAAUUUGUUGCUGAGAAAGGAAGAGAGGACCUGAACAGCAGAGGAAAGAGGACUUAGACAGAGAGCAUAUGAGCCAUACUGAGUCAGCAAACGCUGCUGUGUCCAAAAGGUGAAAAGCAUCAGCGAACAGUCAGGUGAGGUCAGCCUUGAUCUAGAAACUCUACAACUAAAAGCAGAGCACAGGAGACACUAAGGACAAACAUUUGCCAUACGGGGGCUGUAAGCCUCAAGUGCACAAGUUAUUUAUUUACAUUGCAUAGCCUUCUGUAAUGUAUGUAAUGUAUCCAAGCACAAAUUAGCCAACUUUCCUCCAUACGCAGGUGUUUGUUGCUGACAGUUUAGCACAAUGGGUAAUUACAAACUAAGAAAUUAUUUGAGGGCCUGUUUUGUCUUAAAUGCUGUUAUCUGAUAUGUUUCAUUGCCAUAUACUGUACAUAUCUUUUGAUUUGUUUACAGACACACAUACCUGUCAGUUAUUUACUGAAAUACAUUCAGUAUCUUUUGUUUUUUACUUGAAAUUUACUUUGACAAAGUUUUACCAACUAAUAGCUUACAACUGAAAAAUAGUAAUAAAAUUAAAGUUUUUUAAGGGUAAGAUGGAAAAAUUUCGUAAUAUGUUUUUGUUUUUGAUAAUUAGUAGAUGUAAAAGCAUUCAACUCUUCAGGAAAAUCUCUGGUACUAUUUACCUUAAUUCUAUUAUUUAUCAUUUUCUCCUGAAAUAUUUUACUUAAUCCACUUGAGAUAUAUUAUUUUAUUCAUGUUUGAUUCUUUUUAUUUACUUGUUUUGAUUUCAAAGUUCACCUGAAAAGUUCGAUAAGAUGAAGUCUCAAACUCAAGAUGAAACAAAGCACAAUGACCAAGACAAAGCAGCCUGUGGGAAUAUAAUUUUUAAUUGCAUGUCAUUUGCAAAGACGGAUAGUUUUCUCCCCUAUGUCUGCAUACCUGCUUAUGACUCAUUUGUUCUGCAUGUCGCCAUUGUUACCAUCCAUUAUUAUGUGCAAUGAACAGAAUGUAAAUACAAACCACACAGUCUGUAAAUAUGUUUAUUACACUGUUCAGGUGCAUCAGUAACAAAAAGUCGCAGAUAUAGUCGUAGUACUUUAUGGCCAACAUUAUAGGCUUUUUGGAGUAGACAGCAUAUAGUUAAAGUACAGGAUGAUCAAUGUUGCAUAUAGUUAAACAUGUUUACUCUAUACUGCUUAUACUGUAAAUGUUGUUUUACAUAUUACUGUAGAUUAUUGGUGAAAUGAAAUAAGUCUUACUGUACAUUUUUGCACUGUAAGUGAAAAUCAUAGACUAGAUGUAGGUGGAAUCUGACAGCGUUGUCCGAGGCUCCUUUAUCAUUUAUUAAAAGCUGUCAAAUCAAUAUUUUACACGCUGAAAAUGACAUUUGAAAUUUUCCUGGUGGCACAAAUCAGUAUUAUUUUUACUGAACUUAAGUGGGUAUCAUAAGCUCAGACGUAAAAUCUCCCAAAAAGUUUUUAGAGAAACAUUUAAGUGAAUCAUGUGUAAUUAGUUAAAUUGGGUAAUACCUUCCUCGUCAUUCUCUCGGAAGAAGCAACAGAAACACCUUGAAAUGAGCAGUUAGGUUAAUGAAUUCAGUUGUUAGAUUGGUUUUCUACAAAUCUAUGGAGGUUAUUCAAAAUGAAAACACAUUAAUAUAAAUCAUUCAUAGAUGUGUUUUGCACAAACACGAACAGAUAGUGAAUGAGCUUACUACCCAUGACCAAAAAUACAUUUUCACUAUCUAAAGUGAGAUAAACUGUACACCAGGGAUACUCAGCUUGCUCUGCCUGGGGGCCACUUUUGCAAAAUGACAGGAGGCCAAGGGCCAAAUAAUAAACAAACAUUAAUAUUCAUGAGUAUAUAUAAUAACUGAUGUGCUUGUUGGCAACCUUUUGACGUAAGCUGUCCUCACUCAUCAUUGCCAAGAGGCAAAUCCAGUCGAAGCAACACCCGAAGGUCAGGGGUACACAAGAGUAUUUCCAGGAUUUGAGGACAUCUGGGGCCAAGCCUGGACCUUAAUUGGGGGGAAUCUGGGGGAUCUUCCCCUGGCAGAUUGUUUUUGAUGAACAAGCUCGUUGGUGCUUUUUAUGCAUGCUUUUUGACAUCUUAUUUACAUUCACAGUACAAAAAGUGUGAAUCAAUCAGUUUAUUCCAUUGUGAAUUAAAAAUGGUCGGUGAGCCACCCCAGCUGGAAGUUGAGUGUCACUGCUGUACACUAUAUAUGACUGUGGCCUGGUUUCUUCCUGUAAAUGUGGAUCCACGGUGCUUGUACGCCCCCCUGUGGUAGAAGGCCACAUGACAAGAGCUGUAAUUAGUAUUCAGUGCACUGGAUCCAAGGGAGAGUCUAAAUUUGUCCCAGACUGAAGACAGUAAGAAAGCCUCGGACUGUAAUUCUGAGGGCACCUACAUCCACUCUACACUGUAAUUAUCAGCUCUCAGUUGACAUACUAGACAAGGUGCAAAAUUCUUGGUAUUAUUGUUAGUUUCGUUGUGUGAAGAGUAAGGAUUAGCUAUAAACUGAAGGUGUGAAUCAGCUCACACCACUUCAACUCACCAACAGCACACUGAUUUGUAAUGUUUCCCCUCUGAUGCAUAGAAGACAAUCUUUACAAUGACUUUUACUAGCAACGCACAGUGUUUACAUGCUAAUAACCACCACAUAAGGCACAGAACAAACUCAUAAUAACUCUUAGUAACAGUAUGCAUUACUAGCUCAUAUUGUUAGCUAUGUUGUGUUUGGAUAAACUGGAGACCAUUUUGAUCUGGGCAACAAAAUCCUUUCUACCUCUCUUCUUUGCACUUUGUUUUAUUUCUAUGCCACUUCUCUUGUGCACAUUCAUGCUACAUGAAAUUUAGGUCCGGGUGCUGUGAUUGUGGCCCUGGCCCCCCUUUCACACCUUAGUAAUGGGUGAUCCUUGAAGCUGCUGCACUGGCUGUAAAUCACUGGGUCAGUGCAACAGCUGAAUACCAAAACUAAAAGUAUAAUGAAUAUAACCUUAAUUCUAUGAUCACCAGAGACGUGGUUGCCUUUUAUUCGUCUAUCAUGAUUUUUUCAGUCCUCAAUUAAAUGUUUUAACCCUCACACUCAACUCUCACUUAAAUACAUAUAGAGGUUUGUGAAGAAAUUGUCUCUGACCAUGUAUUUGCACAAACACAAAACCUCUAUUCAUUUGACAGAUGGUAUGAUAUUAGAAAACACUUCAUUGUUCCAUUGAGACAGCUCAGAAACGUCAGAUUCUGCAGCUUGAUGAACUGUGCCAAAUCACUGAAACAUCAGUCAUCUCUUCUGAUAUGUGUAUCAUUAAAUUAUACUUGUAUGGAUGAAUAGACUUAUUAUUAUUAUUAUUAUUAACGCCCCAGAAGAGGCAUCAAACCAUUCAUCUGCCUUGAUUUCAUUAAAUUAUUAUGGCAAUACUAACCACUUCUCUGUUGCGAUAGGCUUUGCAUGGGUGCGUCAAAACCCUUACAGCUUCAGUGGUUACAAGUGCAUUGCAGCCAAACAUGCAUGCACGCGCACACACACACACACACACACACACACACACACAACCAAACAUACAAAGAUGUAACUGUAUUUCCAAUAAAUCUGACUGUAACAGAAUUAUUGUUUGUCUGUUUGUACGGUAAUGACAUCAGUGGUAUUACAGACAAUGUAAACAUUAUUUAUUUAUGUAAAAGAACUAUGAGGUAUCUCUUUGUCAAAGAGCAAAGUUUUAUUGAUUAAUAAAGUUUUAUCCUGCUUAAUGUUGAGGCAUGUUUUCUUUUUCCUUCUCAA